AUGAGAACUAGUAUUUCAAUAUCCUCAACCGAGUCUGUCUCAAUUACUAGAACGCGUAAUUCAGCAUACUUAACCGAGUUUGUCUCAAUUGAUAGAACUCGUAUUUCAACAUCCUCAACCGAUUCUGUCUCAAUUGCUAGAACCCGUAUUUCAACAUCCUCAACAGAUUAUGUCUCAAUUUCUAGAACCCGUAUUUCAACAUCCUCAACCGAGUCUGUCUCAAUUACUAGAACUAGUAUUUCAACAUCCACAACCGAGUGUGUCUCAAUUACUAGAACGCGUAAUUCAGCAUCCUUAACCGAGUCUGUCUCAAUUGCUAGAACUCGUAUUUCAACAUCCUCAACCGAGUCUGUCUCAAUUGCUACAACUUGUGUUUCACCAUCCUCAACCGUGUCUCUCUCAAUUGCUAGGAUACGGAUUUCAACAUCCUCAACCAAGUCUGUCUCAAUUGCUAGAACUCGUAUUUCAACAUCCUCAACCGAGUCUGUCUCAAUUGUUAGAACACGUAUUUCAUCGUCCUUAACCGAAACCCGUAUUUCAACAUCCUCAACCGAGUCGGUCUCAAUUACUAGAACUAGUAUUUCAAUAUCCUCAACCGAAUCUGUCUCAAUUACUAGAACGCGUAAUUCAGCAUCCUUAACCGAGUUUGUCUCAAUUGCUAGAACUCGUAUUUCAACAUCCUCAACCGAUUCUGUCUCAAUUGCUAGAACCCGUAUUUCAACAUCCUCAACCGAUUAUGUCUCAAUUUCUAGAACCCGUAUUGCAACAUCCUCAACCGAGUCUGUCUCAAUUACUAGAACUAGUAUUUCAACAUCCUCAACCGAGUCUUUCUCAAUUACUAGAACGCGUAAUUCAGCAUCCUUAACCGAGUCUGUCUCAAUUGCUAGAACUCGUAUUUCAACAUCCUCAACCGAGUCUGUCUCAAUUGCUACAACUUGUGUUUCACCAUCCUCAACCGAGUUUCUCUCAAUUUCUAGAAUACGGAUUUCAACAUCCUCAACCAAGUCUGUCUCAAUUACUAGAACUCGUAUUUCAACAUCCUCAACCGAGUCUUUCUCAAUUACUAGAACUCGUAUUUCAAAAUUUCAACAUCCUCAACCGAGUCGUAUUUCAACAUCUUCAACCAAGUCUGUCUCAGUUGCUAGAAAUCGUAUUUCAAUAUCCUCAACCGAGUCUGUAUCAAUUGCUAGAACUGGUAUUUCAAUAUCCUCAACCGUGUCUCUCUCAAUCGCAAGAACUCGUAUUUCAACAUCCUCAACCGAGUCUGUCUCAAUUGCUAGAACACGUAUUUCAUCAUCCUUAACCGAGUCUGUCUCAAUUACAAGAACUAGUAUUUCAAUAUCCUCAACCGAGUCUGUCUCAAUUACUAGAACGCGUAAUUCACCAUCCUUAACCGAGUCUGUCUCAAUUUCUAGAACCCGUAUUUCAACAUCCUCAACCGAAUCUGUCUCAAUUGCUAGAAAUCGUAUUUCAAUAUCCUCAACCGAUUCUGUCUCAAUUGCCAGAACUCGUAUUUCAACAUCCUCAACCGAGUCAGUCUCAAUUGCUAGAACACGUAUUUCAACAUCCUCAAAAGAGUCUGCCUCAAUUUCUAGAACCCGUAUUUCAACAUCCUCAACCGAGUCUGUCUCAAUUGCUAGAAAUAGUAUUUCAAUAUCCUCAACCGAGUCUGUCUCAAUUGCUAGAAAUAGUAUUUCAACAUCCUCAACCGAAUCUGUCUCAAUUUCUAGAAAUCGUAUUUCAACAUCCUCAACCGAUUAUGUCUCAAUUUCUAGAACCCGUACUUCAACAUCCUCAACCGAGUCUGUCUCAAUUACUAGAACUAGUAUUUCAAUAUCCUCAACCGAGUCUGUCUCAAUUACUAGAACGCGUAAUUCAGCAUCCUUAACCGAGUUUGUCUCAAUUGCUAGACCUCGUGUUUCAACAUCCUCAACCGAUUAUGUCUCAAUUUCUAGAACCCGUAUUUCAACAUCCUCAACCGAGUCUGUCUCAAUUACUAGAACUAGUAUUUCAAUAUCCUCAACCGAGUCUGUCUCAAUUACUAGAACGCGUAAUUCAGCAUCCUUAACCGAGUUUGUCUCAAUUGCUAGAACUCGUAUUUCAACAUCCUCAACCGAUUCUGUCUCAAUUGCUAGAACCCGUAUUUCAACAUCCUCAACCGAUUAUGUCUCAAAUUCUAGAACCCGUAUUUCAACAUCCUCAACCGAGUCUGUCUCAAUUACUAGAACUAGUAUUUCAACAUCCUCAACCGAGUCUGUCUCAAUUACUAGAACGCGUAAUUCAGCAUCCUUAACCGAGUCUGUCUCAAUUGCUAGAACUCGUAUUUCAACAUCCUCAACCGAGUCUGUCUCAAUUGCUACAACUUGUGUUUCACCAUCCUCAACCGAGUUUCUCUCAAUUGCUAGAAUACGGAUUUCAACAUCCUCAACGAAGUCUGUCUCAAUUACUAGGACUCGUAUUUCAACAUCCUCAACCGAGUCUGUCUCAAUUGUUAGAACACGUAUUUCAUCGUCCUUAACCGAAACACGUAUUUCAACAUCCUCAACCGAGUCUGUCUCAAUUACAAGAACUAGUAUUUCAAUAUCCUCAACCGAGUCUGUCUCAAUUAUUAGAACGCGUAAUUCACCAUCCUUAACCGAGUCUGUCUCAAUUUCUAGAACCCGUAUUUCAUCAUCCUCAACCAAGUCUGUCUCAAUUUCUAGAACACGUAUUUCAACAUCCUCAACCGAGUCUGUCUCAAUUUCUAGAACCCGUAUUUCAACAUCCUCAACCGAUUAUGUCUCAAUUUCUAGAACCCGUAUUUCAACAUCCUCAACCGAGUCUGUCUCAAUUACUAGAACUAGUAUUUCAAUAUCCUCAACCGAGUCUGUCUCAAUUACUAGAACGCGUAAUUCAGCAUCCUUAACCGAGUUUGUCUCAAUUGCUAGAACACGUAUUUCAACAUCCUCAACCGAUUCUGUCUCAAUUGCUAGAACCCGUAUUUCAACAUCCUCAACCGAUUAUGUCUCAAUUUCUAGAACCCGUAUUUCAACAUCCUCAACCGAGUCUGUCUCAAUUACUAGAACUAGUAUUUCAACAUCCUCAACCGAGUCUGUCUCAAUUAUUAGAACGCGUAAUUCACCAUCCUUAACCGAGUCUGUCUCAAUUUCUAGAACCCGUAUUUCAACAUCCUCAACCAAGUCUGUCUCAAUUUCUAGAACACGUAUUUCAACAUCCUCAACCGAGUCUGUCUCAAUUUCUAGAACCCGUAUUUCAACAUCCUCAACCGAUUAUGUCUCAAUUUCUAGAACCCGUAUUUCAACAUCCUCAACCGAGUCUGUCUCAAUUACUAGAACUAGUAUUUCAAUAUCCUCAACCGAGUCUGUCUCAAUUACUAGAACGCGUAAUUCAGCAUCCUUAACCGAGUUGGUCUCAAUUGCUAGAACUCGUAUUUCAACAUCCUCAACCGAUUCUGUCUCAAUUGCUAGAACCCGUAUUUCAACAUCCUCAACCGAUUAUGUCUCAAAUUCUAGAACCCGUAUUUCAACAUCCUCAACCGAGUCUGUCUCAAUUACUAGAACUAGUAUUUCAACAUCCUCAACCGAGUCUGUCUCAAUUACUAGAACGCGUAAUUCAGCAUCCUUAACCGAGUCUGUCUCAAUUGCUAGAACUCGUAUUUCAACAUCCUCAACCGAGUCUGUCUCAAUUGCUACAACUUGUGUUUCACCAUCCUCAACCGAGUCUCUCUCAAUUGCUAGAACACGUAUUUCAACAUCCUCAACCAAGUCUGUCUCAAUUACUAGGACUCUCAUUUCAACAUCCUCAACCGAGUCUGUCUUAAUUGUUAGAACACGUAUUUCAUCGUCCUUAACCGACUUGUUCUAUAUUCCCUCUCUUUCUAUAUUACUUUUUUAUUUUUUUUCUCUUUUUCUUUUUCAUUCUUAUUUUCUUUCUUUAUUUCCGAUGAUAGUAUUUUUGUAUCUCUUCAUUUUCUAUGCUUUAAUUUGUUUAUUCUUUUUGUUUUUCAUUUCUUUCUAUUUUCAUUCUUUCGCCUUUCAUCUUACUUUUUUAUUUUCUUUCAUUAAUCUAAAUCUUUUCAUUAUUUUUUUGUUUCCCUUUUAUUUUUGUGCUCUCUCUCCCUCACCCCCUAUCUGUCUCUCUCUCACUCCCCCUCCCUCUCUUUCUCCCCUCUAUCUCUCCCUAUCUGUCUCUCUCACUCCCCUCUCUCCUCUCUCUUAUUCCCACUCUCUCACUUCCUAUCUGUCUCACUCACUCCCCCCUAUCUCCUCUCUCUCUGUUCCUAACAAACUUGCCUUGCUUCUCUUUUAA